AUCGCUUUUUGUGACUAAGUAAUUUCCAUGAUUUGCCGCCAGCCCACAGAAUAUGAACUUUAAAAUCAUAUAUUGAUGUAGCUACUUACUCAGUCUCGAACAUUGACUCUUCGGCUCACGUACCUGGAAACAUACCAAUUACACCAUAUGAUACAUGAAACAUGCUUUGCCUGAAUGCGAUCAGACUUAACAAAAUGCCUGUCGGUACUCAUUUAUUGAUAUGCGAUUAUGUUCAUACAUAGAGGUUGAAACAGACUCGUAUAUUCUCACCGUGCACAGUGACGUACGAAUGCAAAUGUCAACAACAAGUCAACUGAAAGCAACCGAGUGUAUUUGCAAAAGGAUUACAUUGUAAGUGUUGAAAAUCAUAAACAUUCGCUUUGUCAUAAUUAAAAAUAAUCUUUCUUUCAAUUCUCUUAGAUGUUCGUAGUUGUGCAAUUCAUAGAAAAACAGCAGUUUCAGGUGUUGGUUGUUCCAGUCUGCUGGGUAAAAAAUGAUGUUCUUAUGUGGCCGAAGCUUUUGGCAAAUGACAAGAUUGAAGAGCUCAGGACUCAGGGAGCUAAAUAUAAUGGUACUACAAAAAAGAUUCCUGUCAUUGUGUCGAGAAGAUUCAAAAAUCUGACGAGUGCAGAGGCUGCUGCAGAGGCGCUGGCUCAAAAGGAUGUUUCAGAUGUGGAUGGGAAAAAGAAAAUUCUCAAGCCUGAUAAGAAAAGUAAACCAGCUAAUUCAAAAGAUUACAAUAAGUUCUUUGAAGAGGUCGCAUCUGGCAGCCGAACGAAGUCGGAACAGCUGGUCCAACAAACAAAGCAGAAAACUUCAAAGCGAUCAACUUCGGAUCAUUGUUCUCUUAAUGGAACAGUAAACGAUGCACCGAAAGCUAAUGUUGACCAAAACGCCCAGGAAUCUCUACUAACAAACCCGAGUGGCAUAAUUAACAGCAACACAUACAUAUGUAAGUAUUACUAUAAAUUAUUACCUAAUAAGAUACAUUGUUAUUUUCUUUCAGCGGAACCAAAUGCCAAUCCGGGGGAAGAAACACAUCCAAUUUUGAUUGAUCCUGUAGGUGCUGACCAGAUGCAUGAUUUAGACCAGGUGUAUACUGCUAACGAUGGGAUUUACUACGCUGAUGGCACAACGGAAUUCGCAGCAACUUCUACAUUUUUCGAUCAUAUGGAUUCAUUAAAGCAUGAACUCAACACACUCGUUCAAACAACAAUCGAAGCUACUGUUGAAAGAAGCUUCCGGGAGAAUUUUGCCCGGCUUACAUCUCUUCUUGAAUUGGGAGAUAGGUCGACUCUAGCAGGUGCUAAUGAAGAAACCCUGGCGGAAAAUCAUACACUCAUAACAGAUGAAAAUGAACUUGUGGCAUGGAACGCUCAGUUGACGAAUAAAGAUUUGCGUAUGAAAUACCUGGCAUAUUUCUCUAAAAUUAUCAUCCCGAACUCAUACGCUGGAAAGGGUGAUAACGCAUGUUACACAGUCGUUGAUUGCUUGUUCACACGAGGAUUUUGGAAUUUAUUUACAUGGACUGGCAUUAAUCGUGGAUAUAAAUCGAAACGCGGUUUUCGCGAAUUUGGAAACGUUACUGAUCUUAUUUUGAAAAUCGUUCAAAUAGGCGAUCCAUGCUACACUGCUAGAAGUCUGGAACUAUUUUGCAAAAAACGGUUGUUCCGUUAUUCUAAGGCAAGAAGUCUCAGUAAGCAACUAAGGAAGUCGGCUUGUCGUCCAGGGCGAAAGGAGGCUAACCAGCAAAAGACGUCUUUAAAUGGAAAACAGCAAGUAGCAAACAGAGAGAUUGCCAUGAAUGAUUUUGAAAUUGAUCGACACCCAGAUACUGAUUCCCAUGAAAAAAAUGACGGUCGGCAGCCUGAAUCAUCCGAGGAUUCCUUGCAGGAGACUGACGACGACGAUGGCAACGAUAGUGACCGCUUUUCGGAAUGAUGCUGUUUUGAAUGCAUCGUCAUUCUAAUUUUCUAUUAUACGAAGUGUACGCAGUUGAAAUGAGAGAGAAAUUGAAUUGGUCAUUUAGUGUGGCCAUAUAUAUUGUAUAACUAUUUGAAAAGGUUAUUAAAAUACAUUGACUAAUGAUCUGAAUAAAUAAGAGAGACAAGAAACGAAAGUUUUAUUGCAGAGUUGUUAUUAACAGAAAGUGUGAAUCAACGGUAUAAAGAUUGCCUCAGUUUUCAAUAUGAAAACUACAUAUUUACACAAUACUUUAUUAGUAUUAAAUAAUUUAACCUUUGAAAAAUUUGCAGUAUUCAGUUGAGCGCUGAAAAUAUGAAGAAACGAUGAUUUGAAUGGCUUGAGAAAAAAAUCCUGUUUUGUUGUUAUGUACUGUCCUUCAAUUAAAAUACCCCCUGUUUUGUACUCUCUAACUCCUAUCAUGCGUACUAUUUCUAAAUCAUCUGUUAAAAACCACUGAUCUUUAAAGGCAGUUGUUAGAAUGUAAUUACGGAACAAAAUUUUCGUUAUCUUACUGUUUUGCUCAACCGAAAUAACCCAUUCAUCAUUGGUUAAAUUUGGUGACUGAUUUUUUGGUUCAGCUUCAGUCAAUCGACUUGCAAUUUGCGCAAGGGGGUUUGGACCAGUUCUUAUCAUUUUCUUCAAUUUAUGUAAACAGUUUUCGAAAGGAUACGCAGAUAAAGUUUGUAAUGUACCGAAUCGCUCUACUUCAUCUACGACGUGGCAAAGAUUGUGCAUGUUGCUGGUCAUGAACUCUAUACCAUAGAGAGCUUUAUAAUUUGUGAUGAAAUCAAUGAAUAGCUCUCGUGCGAUGUGCAGAUAACUUACAUAACUUGAAACAGAACAAAUUCGAACAGCACAGAAUAGGUAAACGAAAUGGUUGUAAUGUUUGAAAGGCAAAUGAUUUUUGAGUAGAACUACACCCACAUAGUUCAGAAAAUUCCGGUAUUCUAACCCCUUCCAGAGCGCAAUGAAUUCAAGUGAUCGCAUUCGUCGGUGGAUUUCCAAAGGAAAUAUCACAUUGAUUAGGAACUGGGAUAUUUCUUGUUUUUGAGCGAUGCCCCAUUUUGCUUGUUUACUCAGUGAUCCAGUACGCCAACCGUUCAAUAAUUUCCUCAUCACACCUAAC